AACUAUUAAGUUUUAUCGAUAAUUAUUCGCAGAAAUUUCUUCCAAGAAAUGACUAUCGAGAAUUUUUGGAGUUAUCAUCUAUUUUCUUGGGAGCUACGCCAAAGGAUAAUUACACUUUUAAAUGUCCGGGAGCAAUGAGUCAUGCUCGUUGGAUGUCGAAGGCGAUUUAUUGUUUGAAAAUAUUUAUUUUUCGAACAGAGUUUAAGAUUACACCUAAAGAGUUAAAUAAUCUUCGUCAUAUUUGUAUUUUCAUAGUUACAACUUAUAUAAAAGCUUGGUUUACUUCAUCCUCGGCAAUUUUGGCUCCAAAUAAUGAUUUGACUUUGAUGCAACAAUUGAUAUUAUAUAACAAAAUAAACUCGACUGUAUCGCAAGCUGCUCUCAAGAAAAUGGUGAGACAUUUAUGGUAUUUGAGUGAUCAAUUAGCCAUAAUGUCUCUAUUUGAUGAUUCUAUUGACCUGACUGUGAAGAAAAAAAUGAUUGAAAAUCUAAUAAAUAAUAAAUCAUCAAAUACUAAAACCAGAAAAUAUGAAGUAGCAAGCGAUUCAGAUGAAUUGCUAGAAAAAGAUAUCAGUGACUUCAUUUCUGUAGAAUCGCUCACCAUAUUCAAAGAAUUUGAUUUGCCGUAUGAUUUUAUCGAUGAAGACAUAAGCAAUUGGUCCAAUAAUGAUAGUUUUCAAGAGUGUAAGGAAUUUUUUGGAAAAUUAGCUGUCGUCAAUGAUGUUGCAGAACGUGGUGUAUCAUUAAUUGAAGAUUACAAUAAGUGUCUCACUAAAAACGAAGAACAACUUCAGUAUUUGUUGUUAGCCGUUAGUGAACACCGGAAAAAAUACCCAAAUUGUAAUAAAAGUAAUUUGAUUGAAUAAUUAUUUUUUCAACUGAUCAUUUGCCAUGAUUUGAUAACAAUUAAAGAAUUUUUUUUGUAAAAUAUAAAUUAUAAGUGAAAAUAAAAUG